AUUCAGUUGUUGUUUAUGAACUCGCUGGUAAGGUCGACUUGAACGGCACCGAAUUUACGAUUUGUAUGAUAUUGAAAAGAUUGCGACUUUGCACUUAAGAAAUAUUAGGCUCUAAAAGUUGAUUACAAAUUUUCGUAUUAAACACGCAGAUUUAUUUUGCAGAACGUAUAUUAUGUAUGUUCUAUAUACUCAUGCUAUAGAAUAAAUUCAUAAAAAAAUCGUAUAUCAUACAUUCGUCAGAAUAUAUAUAUGUACAUUGAGUGGAUCCUCCCGUGAAAGUGAAAGUUCAUUUCUAUCACAAAGUGUUUAUUUCGUGCGUGUUAUUUUCAAUAUUUUUCCUUCCAUUUUACGGUAAAGGUUUCUUUUGUUUUUCCUAAAAAGAGAUUUUUUUUAUUCCGUCGUGCGAGUGUGUGUGGUAUAUAGAGAAAGAAAACGCGAUUAUUCUUAAAUAUUUAAAAAUUGAGUUUAUUGUGACACACUGGCAAUAGGCGUAUAAAUCCAUGGCACAAGAUUGAAUAUAAUAUAGACUUUGGCUUGAUGUUGUUAAUAGGAUUGUCCUAGAUCGACACAUCGAUAACAAGAUGAAUUGAAAUGAAUAUUUCAUUUUAUUCGGGCGUGUACGAUCAAGAUGAAAUCAGCCAUUUUAUAUCCAUAUGGACCACUACGAGGAAAUGGAUGUUGUCGUAUGCUACAUGUUAAACAUUUGGCGGUGACGAGUGGUAUAUACACAUUGAACAUUUCAAUACUUGUUGUUUUGCUGUACGCUUGGAGAAUUAGCGUCAAUAUAAAGAAAUAUGGCGACUUGGAGGAUGUAUACUAUGGGGUACAGAUAGCGUAUUUUGCUAUAAUUGCGACCCAGCUGUCCAUGAUUAUCUUAAGUAUUGUUUUGCUAGUCGGUAUACAUAAGGAAAACGUCGGUUUCGUCGUACCGUGGAUUAUAGGAUUUAUAUGCUUCAUGGCGUUAGAGGCAGUGGCAAUGGUAUAUUCGAAUGUUCUUAGAGAUCAUGUGAAUCGGCAAUUCGAUGCGCUGUGCAAGGCUGAGGUUGCCUUUUUCAUGGCACGAGCUUUUAUUAAUUCUAUUGCGAUUUGGGGCGUUCUUCGAUUCUACAAUCUUCUACGCAUUGGCGUUAGCUGGAAAGGUCCAGAAGUCAUAGAACUCUGAUACAACCCAUCCGAUUCGUCUAAAGGUUCCACUGGCCGUCGUCAAAAUGACGAAAUGAGACGCAAUCAUGAAAUUACCAUUAACAUUGAAAAUAGUGAUGACGAUGACGAUGAUGAGGACGUACACAUGACAGACGAUGCUGAAAAGAGUGCAGCUAGCGGCAGUGACGAAGAUGAUUCGCUAUUGGUGGCGUACGACAGUAAUUCGGUGGCAUCUGUGUGACAUACACAAAGUGCGAUGACAAUAGAAAAGUUAACGUCAAAACGAUGGACAAUAUGUUUGGUAGUUAUGAUCACUGCUGCUGAACUGUAUGCCCAGAUUAUUUUAUUAUUUUAAAAUUGAAUAAAAAUUUACGCUUUUUUGGCUGAAUGCUCAUUCGCUUUGAUUCUCUCAUGAGUCUUUUCAUUGAGAAAAGAUUUAAUUUGCAAGGCGUGACAUCACUUGAAGUAGUAGAACUAUUAAAAAAAAAGUUCUAAAGAAACAGAUUAAGACACCUCUGAGUUGAUAACGAAGACAGUGGCGCCUCCACGACAUAGUUCUCUGUGUACUAAAAAUUUAUAUGGAAAAUAUCCGCUGAAGUCCCAAUUUGGGAGCCUUCAAAGGUGUUCAGAGCCUAGAAAAUGGCGCAUAUCCACGCAAUAGCAUCACUUUUUUCUCGAAGAAAUUCUCUCAAAUGAUGCAUUUUAAGUGUAAUGUCCUACAAAUCACCCUAUUGAUCGUGAGUUGAAGCAAAGUGAUAGAGAGAACGUUCCGAAUUGAAUGCGUACAACAGGCGACGUUGUUAAAUUUAGAUAAUAUUUUGUGCCAAUGAAAAAUGUUAGAAACCGAAAGGAAAAACCAUUUAAUUUUAAAGAAUAUUUGAACAGAAAACUUUUAUACGUAAAGACUUAAGGAUUAAAUUCAUUAAAGGAAGCUUGAAAUUCUAUAGAAUAUUGUAGUUGGAAAAAUCAAAAUCUAGUUAUUACAGAGUUAUUGAUAAAAUUAAUAAAAUGUUAUUAACGAAUUGAUGUUAAAGUUGGACAUUUUCGUUAAAUGGAAUAAUAAUUCGAUGAUCUCGAGACUUAAAUAAAUAGAUAUUCAGAUAAGGGAUAAACCGUAGAGAUAUGUUGAAAAUAGAAAAUGUUCUCACAUCCGUAAUGCUCUUUUGUUGUCGAAACUAACAGAAUAGCUUUGUAAAUACGAAGGUAUAACACUUAUGCAGAAGGUUUAAAUUAAACGAUUUUCUACUUUACGUUCGAGAAUAUAUAGACCGAGAGCCCGUGCGUAUGUAUGUAUCAUUCCCUCGGUCCUACGGUUUGCAAUCUAUGUUAUCAUCAUCACCACGAUCAUUGUUCGGGUGUAUUCACUGACGUGCGACCUCUGUGAGCACUAAUACAUCCACUUUUUCCACUUCUAAUGCCAUUUCCACUUGGCCAAUUGACAGAAAACACACCAUUUUUGCCAUUAAUAUUUCAUGACAAACAAACGUCCGUUCUACAACUUUGAUUCUUGAGCAAUAAGAGGACCCUAAGGAGUGUAUGCACCAUCGGUGUCCAAAUGACGCAAAAUUAAAUAUAAAAAUAAAAAAUUUAUUCAAAUUUCUGUCGUCUUUGACUGUCAGAGUCUAACUGACAUGUUGAAAGUUGAAAAGCCUGACUUGUCUGCCACAAUAUACCUCUCAACAAAAAAUUUAUUUUUAAAAUUUCAUUCUUCAUUUUGCGUUGAUGCCUUCAUUUCGACACCAAUUUUCCAUGAUAUGUGACUGCUACGAUAUACACUAGGCAUAUUUUCGUUAGACACCUCAUAUAACACUCAAAAAUGAAAGACGUUGGAACAAAUGUUUCCCAUUAUCAAGUAAUUUGACAUACAUUUCAAACCAUGUCCUUUCGAGGAACUAACAUACAUACAGGCUCUCGGUCUACCACAUUCUGCUGGAAAUUGUUUUACUUCUGUGUGCGAGAACGAGACUUAAAGCUGUAAUUAAAGUUAUUCCAGUAAACAGUAACUAUACACAUUUUGAGGGAGAAAAAAAGUGUCUCUGCAAAUUGUGUUUUAAGUACCACAUGCAUUACACGUUCUGCCACUGCACAUUUUUUGUUUAUUCAACAAUUAGGACGUAAAUUGGAUAAUGUUUACAAUGUUUCGUUGAAACAUAUUCAUGGUACGAUUCCUUACAGUAGUACAACUGUACACAACUGUAUCAUUUUUGCAUAACUGAAUAGGCCAUCUCGGCCAUGAAUAAAGAAACUAAAUUCAUAGCGUCGAGACACAAAUUAGUAUAAACUGAUGCUGAGCUCCAGAAAAAAAAUUAAUUCAAAUUUAUUAGUCUGCCACACAUUCAAACAGUUAAUAAGUGGCGGCGGCAUGGCACUGACGAAUUUCUCUGGCAAACAAUAUUUCAUAUUUUUCGUACGUACCACUGGUUUAUGGGAGUAACUUUCCUUGCAUCAUUAAAUAAUUCCCAAGACGUUGUUUCUUGCACACAUUUUAUUUAUCUCUCUUAUUAUACCUCUGAGAUGAUGAAGAUUAGUGUUAGACAAACAUUUAAUCUUCUAACAUCAUUUAAUUUUAUAUUUUUUAUAGUGCUAACCGACAGACACCGUGAUAAGUAAUUAAGAAGUGGGAUGAUGGGUAAGUGCGGUCUGUUAAAAGCAAAAUUUAUUUUUUUUUUGUUUUUGUUUGUUUGUGCUUCGCAAGGGUAAUCAAAUUUCAAUAACAGAAAUGUUUUAGCUACUUAAGGUAGAGUAACAAGAUAAUAAAUAAAUUCAAAUGGAAACGGAGCAACUUAAAAUUAAAUUAAUGUUGUAAAUAACAUGUACAUUCAAAUGAAUAAAUA